CGCGUCUUACGUCAGUGAUGGUCACGUGCCCGGAUAUGCAGUAAAAGCUGACUUCAUUUCCUCCCAAUAUGGCGGCUGCAAUGGAUGUGGAUACCCCGAGCGGAGCAAAUAACAGCGCCAGCAAGAAACGGUUCGAGGUGAAGAAGUGGAAUGCAGUCGCUCUCUGGGCCUGGGAUAUUGUGGUGGAUAAUUGUGCUAUUUGCAGGAACCACAUCAUGGAUUUGUGUAUAGAAUGUCAAGCCAACCAGGCGUCUGCCACCUCUGAGGAAUGUACAGUGGCAUGGGGAGUAUGUAAUCAUGCAUUCCACUUUCACUGCAUCUCUCGCUGGCUGAAGACGCGACAGGUCUGCCCUUUGGACAACAGAGAGUGGGAGUUUCAGAAGUACGGACAUUAGACACUGUGCAACCUCCUCUAGAGGUCAGAUGACCAGACGACCCUCAUCACUUGUUUUACAUCGUAAUAUUCAUUCUGUUCCACUUAGUAUAUUUCUUUUCUAGCAUUGCUGUUGUCCUUAUGAAAAUAAAACACGUGAACAACUCGAUGCACCAA